AUGCCUGGCGAGUCGAAGACGAUACAAGGCCCAUGCGCCUACUACAUCGAUGAAAAGAAGCACUGUGAAGCAGCUGAUGAUGAAGUGCUGGUCGCAGAAGAGUGCUCAGCUCCGGGCUGCGGGAACUACGUUCACCAUUUCUGCUCGAACAGUGUGCUCGAUGGUGAUUUAGGUUCCAGAGCAUGCUCGCCUGCUUGUACCAGCAUCGUUUCUGGUGCCAUUGCUCCCGAUGGCAACUCCGCUCCAUCAGAAACAAGCGUUGUGGCUACCAAGGGGCGCGUCAAAGAAGAAGAAGCGUCGCGCCCCCGUAGCGCAGGCCAAGGUGGUAUCAAAGCCAAACUUACGUGCCAUGACUUUGCUGGUGUUGAUGUGAAAAGUUUAAGUUCGUGGGAUGAGUCUCCUGACGAGGGCAGCAAGAAGUCUGAUGACGACGACGAAAACGAGGACAAGGAGAACGAGAUCGCAUCAAAAGCUGACAAGAAGAGGCGAAGGAAGUUCUUCUUUGACCAGAAGGCAGAUCUGGCGCUCCUUAAAGAGAUGCUUGCCAACGAGCCUUUUGCAGGAGGCCACGGCAAAAUUGGAGCUCGCUAUCAACUCGUGGCAGAUAAUCUGAGCGCUCACCUCAAAUUAGACCAGAAGUUAAGCAAGAGAACAGUGCAAGAGCGGUUUGCACUGCUCCUGGAUGAGUUUAAACAAAACGAUCAGGCCUACCGCAAGAAGACAUGA